AUGACUUGCCACUGCUUCAUAGUGCCGCCUCACCUGAUAAAGUCGAUUGCAGAUUCGACUCACAACUCAGAUGAUACCCGCAAGGCUGCUAAGAAAUGGCUGGAUUUCCAUGAAACGUUGAUCAAGUCCCGAAAGGAGCGAUCUGGGGGCCAGCCUCGUGGUGCUCGUGGUGAGGCUCCUGCUCCUCGUCCCGCACCCUUCAUCCCACAAGCAGUGUUGCAUAAGCUAUCUAUUUCUGAAGAUGUUGAUGAAGCUGUCCGUACACGUGCCAAGAGAGAUUUGGAGCAUGUUCAGCUGCUGAUGGCACCCAAAGCGCAGCCUCAGGAAGAAUCGAACUCGCUGGCAAAGUCCAAGAAAAGUCCCAAGGAUGCGCCAUAUCGAGCCGUCUACGAUGCUGGGCACACCACCGACCCAAAAGAGUUGCCUGGGGAGCUGAAGAGGGCCGAGGGUCAGCCCAAGUCAACGGACAAGGCCGUCAACGAAGCUUACGACAAUGUCGGACUCGUUUUGGACUUUUACAAGGAGAAGUUUGACUGGAAAUCAAUCGACAACAAGAACAGUGAUGUCAUCUCGUCAGUUCAUUUUGGUGAGAGCUACGAAAACGCCUUCUGGGAUCCAGAGGAAAUGGUGAUGGUUUUCGGAGACGGUGGAGAGUUUUUGAACAAUUUCACAAACUGCAUCGAUGUUAUCGGGCAUGAGUUGACCCAUGCUGUCACGGAGCACACCAGCCCUCUCGACUAUGAGAACCAGCCAGGCGCCCUGAAUGAACACGUCUCCGACGUUUUUGGCAUCAUGAUCAAACAAAAGAAGGAGGACGAGACUGCUGACCAGGCCGACUGGCUGAUUGGUGAAGGCUGUCUCUUGCCUGACGUUAAAGGUCUGGCCCUCCGCAGCAUGAAAGCCCCGGGAACUGCCUACGACGAUCCCCGAUUCGGGAAAGAUCCUCAAGUCGACAACAUGAAAGACUACGAAACGACUUUUGAGGAUAAUGGAGGCGUUCACAUCUUCUCGGGCAUUCCGAACAAGGCCUUCUAUCUCGCAUCCGUUGCCUUUGGGGGUUACUCCUGGGAGAAGGCAGGACAGAUCUGGUGGAAGGCGCUGAACAGCGGGAAGGUUCCGGCUCGAUGCAGUUUCACACAAUUUGCCGAUGUUACUGUGGACACUGCCGAGGAGGAAUUUGGCCAAGAUGCCGCCCAAAUUGUGCGCAAGGCAUGGACUGAUGUUGGUGUCACUCGAAGUGUCUAG